CACCACACACACAGGCCCGGCGGCCGCCGCCACUCUCGCCCCUGGCCGCACGGUGCGUCUUUACGCUGACGUUCCUUCAGAAUGUGUAGGAUGGCUCACCUGCGUCCUGUCACUCCCGCCUUACCUUCCCACAUCAGGGAUUGGGCCAGAACCUCGAAUUCCCGCAUUACCCAAGCUCUCAACCCCCGACACGCCUUCCCACGGGUCCCUGGCUGCUGUCCAGUCUCUUCGUGGCUGUGUCAGCCUUUGGCACCCCCACAGGGUCUCGGGUGCGUUCUGGGGCGCGUGAGGCGAAGGGACGCCCCUGGCAGGGGGACUGCACCUCCCACUCGCGGAUGGCGGCCGCCGAGGAGGCGGGAGUUGGCUGCCGCCGAGGCCCGGGCGGCGGGCCCCGUCCGCGGCCGGCGCGCUCCUCGGUCCUCCCUCGCUCGUCUCCUUUGCUCAUAUUUGGACUCGGCUGCCCGUGCCCAGGAAUUUCCCGUCAUGCCUCCCGUCGCCCCGUCCGUCGCCCGGAGCCCGGAGGGAGGAGGGAGGCUCGGACAGCGGCGGCGGCUCGCGGGCCUUUCCAUGAGCGCGCGGCGGACCCUCCCGCGCCCCCUCUCGCUGGGCCUCUGUCUCUGCCUCUGCCUGGUCGCGGCGCGGGAUACCGCGCACCCCGCUCUUGCCCCUGUUCUUUGCCUCUCGUUUUGUUGGUGAAGCUAUCACAGUGAUGUCUGCAUUCAACCUGCUGCAUUUGGUGACAAAGAGCCAGCCAGCAGCCCUGCGAGCCUGUGGGCUUCCCUCAGGUUGCUGCUUGUUGUAUUGUUCAUACUGAGGGCACUGGUCUGAGUGGGUGUUUCUGCUGGAGGAAAUGGUACAACACCAUGCUUUCCUAAAUUUUGUUUUCUUUUAUUUGGGUCCUCAUUUGAAGAUGGAAAUUGGUUAUAAAUUACCACUCUACUUUGAGUAAAUUGAUUUCCACAAUUGAUACAACUCUGGGAAACAUUGUUCAGUUUCCUUGCCUAGUAUAUAAUUGUCACUAAUAUUUCAUGAUAUCUUCCUGUUCCUUAGUGCAUACUACACAUCUGCAAAUCAUAAUGUUCAUAAAGAGGCUGGCAGUCUUUGUAAGAAACUGCUCCAAAUCACACAAAAUAGGACAUUCAUUUUGUUAAAGGAUAAUGAGAAUGUGUUUCAUUCUACAUGUAGCUAUUCCUUUAGAAAAAAAAAUUAAAUGAACAAUUGUGGUGUAAUGGUUACUUAUUUAUUGUGGUUAAUAAAAAAAGAUGUUCUAUUUAACAGUGACCAAAUAAACAGAACUAAUAUAGCAUGUAUCAAACUGGUUCUUAAAUUAGAAACACUAUAAUUUUAAAAAAUGUGAUUUCAAGCAUUUAAACAAGUGAAGCAUGAAAGUCCAAAGUUUCACUAUGUGCCUUUAUCAUAAGUUUAUUUUAAUAUUAUCAUGGAAAACACAAGGUCGAAU